UAAAGCAUGAGAAAGAGCAAAAACAAUUAUUGCUGCUUUCUGUUGCCCCAGUGCUUUUUCUUUAUUUAACCCACCAUUUUCUUCUUCCUUAGCCUUGUAAACUUCCUCUUACUUUCUCGUCCCCCUCUCUUUCUCUCUCUCUGCCCCUACUGCAAAUGUCUCAAGUCCAUAUAGAAUCUCCAAAACACUGUGCUAAGAAAGGACUAAACGUAGACAAGCUCUACAAGAAGCUAUUCUUUGCCUUCUCUGCAUUUUUCACAUCAAUCCUAUCUCUAAUACUAAUCAUUUGGCUUAUACUACGUCCAGCAAAACCUGAGUUCUCACUCAAAGAAGCUGACAUCUACCAACUCAACCUCUCAGGCCUUAACCUUCUCAACUCUUCAAUCCAACUUACCCUUCUUUCCAAAAAUCCUAAUGAAAAAGUAGGCAUUUACUACGACGAAUUACAAGUCUACGCAGCCUACAAGGGUCAGCAAAUAACUGUGGGUUCUACUCUUCCUCCAUUCUACCAAGGACAUCAAGACAGCAACCUCUUGACUGCAUCUUUGAUUGGAACAGGACUACCGGUUGCUUCAUCGUUCGGAUACGAAGUCGGACGCGACCAGACUACCGGAAAACUUGUUCUUAUUUUAAAAGUAAAUGGAAGCCUCCGGUGGAAGGUUGGGACAUGGGUUUCUGGUCGAUAUAGGCUUAAUGUUAAUUGUGUUGCUGUUAUGGGUUUUGGACCUUCUUUCCCUACCGGACCCUUGAGUUCAAGGCAAGGGACUCAAUGUUCUACUACAGUUUGAAUUGAUAUUUUACUAACAGAUACUAAGCAGCUAGUGAGUUCAUUGCUUCUUUCUGCUUCCUAUGUUAUGGUUACUUGUGUGUGUUUCUGCUGCUCUUAAUUAAGUUCUGUAAAUUAAUUAUAACAAGUGAUGAGAUAGAAAAUUCUAUAAUUAUAGUUUAGCCAGUGCCAAGGGAAAGCUUGAUUAAUAAUUAAGGCCUUGUUUGGGAUUGAGAGUGUAAAUCCGAUCUUCUCUUUUUAUUUCUUAUCAUUACAACUUCUGAUUUUUCUUUGCAUGUAAAUGGUGAUGCGGUGGAAAAUUAA